AUGUCCAGCAAUCAGCAUCAGAGUAAAGAUGAAGGUACAAGAAAGAAAAAGGAAUCCAUUGUCGAUUUGUCUCGUUUCAUCGAUAAAAAAAUAAGAGUCAAAUUUCAAGGAGGACGGGAAGCUGCUGGGAUCCUAAAAGGAUACGAUGCGUUGUUAAAUUUGGUACUGGAUAAUUGUGUGGAAUAUCUUCGUGAUCCUGAGAAUCCCGGCACAGUUGGAGAUGAUACCAGAUCAUUAGGGUUGAUAGUUGCUCGAGGCACUGCAAUAACAGUUGUCGCCCCUUCUGAUGGCAUGGAACAAAUCGACAAUCCGUUUGCUCAGCAAGAAGAUUAG